GUGAGUUUGUGAAGUAGAGAUCUGUGCUGACGGGUAGCUUGUGUAUUGGACAGACGGAGCGCCAGCGAUGUCAGUGAUGCGCAUCUCUCGCUCCGUCGUCUGACCGAGACGGACCAAUGCCUACGACAACCUUUCCAGCCAACAAGCCGCUCUCCCCGCCCUCUCGCUUAUCUGGUGACCAUCACACGCCCAUCCCUCCUCCCUGCCACAUCCUCAGCCCGACCGCCAGCAGCCGGCACAUCUGCGUGUGAAGUGUGACGAUGGCCGAGUCGAGCGUGUGCACGGCCAUCAUGCCCUACGAUGAGAGCAGGGCGGCUGCGGCCGCCGCCAGCAGUGCACCCAUGCAGGAGGAGACGUGGGACAACAAAAACAGCACCACCAGCACCACGGGCAAGCGAAACGGUGAGAGGGAGAGGGAAGGCAGAGGCGUGCAGGUGGACAGGGAGGGGGGAGGGGGGCAGGUUAUGGGUGUCUGAGGGCGUUGGUGCCGGCAAAUGUCUCUGUGCGGUGUGUGGGUGUGGGUGUGUGUGUGGUGUGUACUUCAGACUAUGUGGGUUUGUCGAACCAGGGCGCGACGUGCUACAUGAACAGCCUCCUGCAGACCCUCUACAUGACGCCCGAGUUCAGGACCGGCAUCUACGCCUGGAAGUACGCACCACCACACCGCAGCACACACAUGCACACCAACGGGUGUUGUGUGUGGCAUUGUGUGUGGUAUUGUGUGGUUAGUUACAAUGAGGAGGAGGACGUCGAGAAGGAGAACUGCAUCCCCUACCAGCUGCAGAAGCUAUUCGGCAUACUGCAGCUCUCACACCAGUCUUACGCUGAGACCAAGGUGCGUGCGGGGGGGCGGCUGUGGCUGUGCUUGUGGGGUGUGCAUGUGCGGUGUGUGGUGUGGAGGUGCGUGUAGGAUCUGACGCGUAGCUUUCAGUGGGAUGUUCGAGAGUCCUUCCAGCAACAUGAUGUGCAGGUGUGUAGCCAUGCACACACACAUGCAAGACAACACAGAUGUGUCCACGUGUGUGUGGUCAUGUGUGUGCAGGAGUUUUGCCGUGUGCUGUUCGACGCCAUCGAGUCGACGUGCAUCAGCAACGAGAGCGACGACUUCAUCAACCACCUCUACCAGGGGGAGCUCAUCGACUACGUCAGAUGCAAAGAAUGCAAAUACGUCUCCAAACACUCUGACAAGGUAGGUAGGGAGCUGGCCAGCGGGGCUGCAUGGCCCGCACACGCACAAACACGUGACAUCCUCUGUGUGUCUGUGUCUGUGGCUCUGUUCGUGUGUGUGUGUGCUAAUCAGUUUCUGGACAUCUCUCUGAAUGUGCGUAGCGAGUUUGAGCAGAUCUUCAACGACUCACUCGAGAAGGCACUCGACAACUUCCUCCACCCAGAGGUAGGUACCACACGCAACACAAGACGCACGCACCACACUAAUUAAUGGCCGGCCAGACACACACACCACACCACACUAAUGGCCACCUUGAUGUGUUUCGUCACCAGAACUUAGAGGGCGACAACCAGUACAACUGCGAGAAGUGCAACAAAAAAGUCGACGCCACCAAGGUCAAAAAUUUCGCCAGCAUCACAUCACAACACACACUCAAUACCCACCACCGGCCCAGCCCCAUUGGGACAUGCAGCGUGUGUUGUGUGCCAUGUGCAGGGUUUGUUGAUCGGCAAGUGUCCGUGCUACCUGACGCUGCAGCUCAAGCGGUUCGACCUCGACUACACCACAUUCCAGCGCAGGAAAAUCAUCGACCGGGUCAGCCAGCAGACAUCCCCCAACACACAACCUGCCAUGCCCCCUCCAACACACAGACAUGGGCGUCUGUCUGUCUGUCUGUCUGUGUGGGGUGUGUGUGUGUGUCUGUGCUCAGGUGACGUUCCCGCCGGUGUUGGACAUGAACAAGCAUGUGCAUGAGGACGUCGACGAGGCCGCCAUCGACGCCAAGGCCGUCGGGCCGGCCAAGGCCGAGGCCGAGGGAGGCGGAGCGGGAACAGGAGAGGGCAAGACAGAGAACAAUGACAACAAUGAGACCGACAUGGCUGCCGUCGACACAUCCACCACACCACCCACCACCACCAAUCAGGACAACCCCACCGCCGCCCCCGCCCCCUCAUCUGAGCCCAUGGGCCACCGUGAGGCCAACCCCACCGCCCGCACACCCACAUUCGGACACGAGAACACCUCAAUGGCCGACGUGGCCAGUGUCAACGACCCCCUCCCCUCAUCGCGGCUGGCAGACAUCCCGCACAACACCGACAGCGACCACAAUACCGGCAGCUUCGGCGCCGUCAAUAUGGGUCCGUUUGCCAGCCAUAUUGACAACGGGGGCGAGAGCGACAACGACAGCAACAAGGCCGAGAUGGGCGGGGGCGACCCCAACGACGACCAGGACCUCAGCGGCUUCGCGGCCGUGACCAACGGCCCCUUCCACCACAGUACGCACAGACACAAGGAAGGCUGGGCCAUGGCCACAGAUCCACGAUGAGAUGACUGCAUUCACUCUCUGUGUGUCCUCCAUCCAUCUGACCGUUUAGGCUCGCUUCAGCUCGAUGGUGGCCUCAAUGAGACCGAUGCACUCCUGGGCAGUGCGCCGGCGGCGGCAGCAUCAGCAGCCGCAGGGACAUCAGCAUCGGGAGGCGGGCCCCCUGGGCUGAAUGCCCACCUCUGUUCUUCACCCGCAUCGGACGACGCACACAUGACCGACCGCGACCCACUAGGAAGCGACGACAAGGGCGAGAACAAGACGCUGCUGGGGGGGUCCAGGCCACGGGACGAUGAGAAUCUCGAGAGCUGGGGGUGGAAUCAGGGCGGCAGUGGCGGUUUGGGUACGGGUGGAGGCGAGUCGUCGAGCGCUGCUGGUGCGCCGCCGGAGUGCUCGGGUGACAAGUUCCUCGACGAGGCCUACACACAAAAGAUGAUCAAGGAAUACAAGUGCAUGCAGAGAGAGAGAGAGAGAGAGACGUGAGGGCAUCUGUGUGUGUGUGUGUGUGGUGGACUGGUUCAGGCGUCGGGGUCCGUUUGUGUAUGAGCUGUUCUCCAUUCUGAUCCACUCGGGGUCUGCCUGGAGCGGACACUACUACGCGUUCAUCAAAGACCUGUCCAAGAAACGAUGGUCAGCGCACACACACACACACACACACGCACAGCCCAAACACCUCGUCUGAGCGUCAAUGUUCUGCAACUGUUGUUUUGUUCACUCAGGUAUCGCUUUGACGACUCGAAUGUGACCGCCGUGCGCCCGUAUGACAUCGAGAAGGCCUUCGGGGGUGAGUGAGCAAACAAAAGGAGUGCCCCCUGUCUCUCCUUCCCACACACGACGGCAUCCCUGUGCAUGUGUGUGCGUCUCACUGGCUCAGAGCGGCAGUUUUUUGCGUUCAACCAGUCGGGUACCACGGCCUACCUACUCGUCUACAAGUGAGUGAAUGAGCCACCAGAAACAAACAAACGGCCUGUAAGAGCACCUCCAUCCACCCCACCCCACCCCACCUCAUCCGAGUGUGUGCAGGCAAGUGGGCGGUGAUGUGGACCGCGACAGCAUCGCAUUCCCAGACAACCAGGUCGUCCCACACUACAUCAAGGUCAGUCUGCUCUCACACUCACAGACGGACGUGCAGUCAGGCUCGUGCCGCUGCAUUGGUUGCACCUGUUCCACCACCCCGUCGCAGAAAGUUGUAGACGACAUGGAGGAGGCGAUCCGCAGGGAGGAGGAGCGCAAGGAGGAGAAGAAACAACAGGUGGGUUAGCCAAACAACAGGUGUGUAUAUGCGUGUCUAAUACGUGUUGCUGUCUGUCUGUCUGUCUGUGUUGUGAAUGUGUUGCAGGUGGAGCUGAAGGUCUACCUGCGUGUGUUGGCCAAGGACAAGGCUCACUGGGAGGCAAGACUCGCAAACGACCUCGACGUGCUCCAGCAGCCACACGACCCACCGUAAGACAGACGAUUUGUCACCCCCACUAAGCGGAAGGACCGACCGACGCGCUCUUCGCCUUUGCCUCUCUCUCUUCGAUGCUCAGCGCCGCCUUGUCUGAGAGCCCCCCGCCGCUCACCAGCGACCCCCAGGGCAAGGACGAUGGUACUCACCCACCCAUUCAAGACACACACGCGCUACCAACCUACAGACAUGCCCACCACUCCUCUCUCCUGUCUGUCAUCCUCCCUGCAGCCCCGUGUGUUGAGCCCGAGCCCGAGAAGGAAGGCUCCGACCAGGGCCAGGGCGCCGACUGUGCUGCCGGCGGUGUCCCCAUCAUGCCCAUCAUCGGACCACUCACCGAGGAGCAGGCCGGCAACGGUGCUAGUGCUGGUGCGGGUGGGCAACCGAGGGGCGGCGGCAAUAGCAUCAGCCGGGGUUUUGAGUAUCUGACGCUGUCCCAUGACGGCGACCAUGACGAUGAGCAGGACCCCCUGGAGUUCACUGACGUCAGCUGCAAGGUAGGUCGGCCGGCAGCAGGUGCUGGACGGGCGGUGAUGGUGUGUGAGGUGUUUGUGAUGCUUUGUGUGUGCAGCUGACGGUCAAGAAGACUGAUCCGGUUCAGGCGGUCUUCGAGAAGAUCUUCAGGCGAUUCCAGCUCGACAAAGAGGGUUGGUACACAGACACGAGACAUAGACCCAGUCACAUGCACACACACACACACACACGCGGCUCCGCGCCCCCCUCCUCCUUGUGUCUGUCUGUCAGGCAAGAACGCCGAGGACGUCCGUCUGCGGUCCAUCAAGAAGAGCACCUACGGCUCCCACUCCUCCCUCUACCAGUCCGAUUCCCAUACGUACGAGCUCCUGAACCCCACCGAAGUGGACCCCGACACCGACGACACAGGCAACCCCAACGGCAUCGAGGAGGACCGCAAGACCGACUACGUCACGGGCAACGACCAUGACAUCCACCACAACCCCGAGGACAGCAAUGAGGACGACUGGGGCAACCCCGGGCCCAGCCACAAGCCACCUGCUGUGCUGGUGGGGGUGCCGUCUGACGCAGACCAGCGCCGCGAGUGGAGCGACAUGGCUGGCGAGGACACACGAGAGAGGCGCGAGCAGGCAGACGUGGCCAUGGCCGAUGCCAACACGUCGACCGCUGCUGCUGGUGGCGGUGAUGGUGGUGGAGGGAGUGGUGAUCAGGACACCCGUGACGCCAUGCAGGUGGACCCUCCCGCUGGCGGGCGGGCAUCGAGCGUCCCUCCCAUCAACCCCCUCGCCGCCAGUCACACGGAUGGCAGCAGUGCCAGCCGCCUGCUGCACGAGGCGGCGCAGCAACACGACACGGCCGGGCGCAUUGGGCUCAUCUCCAGCACCCCCGACGCACCCCCCAGCAGCAGCCGAGCCAACAUAGCCAACACAUCCUCCAUGAACGCCCUCUGCAGCCCCCGGUCCGGCAACGCCAAGCCGCCCCUCUGCACCACCACUAGCAGCAACACGGCAGGCGACGACAAGAAGGGCACCGGCACCUCCCCCUUCGGCCUCCCGCAGAACAAGAGCACCGGUGGACGGAAAAAGACGGACGAGGGGCGGCACCGCGUCAAGGGCGAUGCGCAGUUCUGGGACGCCUACACCAAGGACCGCGGGUUUGUGUGGCACUAUGACCACCCUGAGUUCGGCCUGGAGUUCCGCGAGGCGACGGAGAGCGGGGGCAAGGGGGCAUGGCCGCCGAGUUCGCUGGGCAGAGACUGGGAGGAGUUUUACGUGCGGGUGUGGGACCGGCAGACGCACUCCCUGGAGGAGCCGUUCUCCGUCAUCGUCAAGCACAACGACACCUUCGGUGAGGGACGUGGGAGGGAGGUGGCCAACACUCACGGAUGGAUGGAUGGAUAUGUGUGUGUGUGUUUCAGCUGCCGUCAAGAAGGUGAUAGAGCAGAAGAAGGGUCUGCCGGUGACGUCUCAGCUGCUGAUGAAGAAGCCCGUCAAGAAGAACUGGCUCAAGGACAUCAUUCUCGCAGAUGAACACGUCAACAAAGGCAUGGGUCAGCCAGUGCCGCACUCACACACAGGCCCAGCGAAAACACAAAAGCGUGCGUGGCCUCCCUGUUCCAUCCACCAGUGGGUCUGUCGCCCAACUACCUGUGGGUCGAGCGGGUGGAGGUCGACGACAUCGACAGCCUCAUCGAGCAGGUCGUCUCGUCCAAAGAAGGCCAGCAGCAGCAGUCCACCGCCACAUCAGCCUGGUCGCCGGCGACCAACUCGUCAUCGUCAUGGGGCACUGGCGGCGGUGUGGGCAUGGGCGGAAGCACCUCUGCGUGGGGCACCGACACCAACCGCGCCAAGCUCGUCGCCCUCCGAUGGCUCGCGCAAAACAAUAUCUCCGACAUGAUCAUCACUUACCGGUACGACAGAGCAAAAAGCACGAUGGUUGGAUGACUGCGUGAUUGCAGUGCGAAGGGCGUCGACUACGACGUGUCGUUCGAGCAGUCUCACCGUGACCUGCUGCAGCCUGGGCUCAGGACCAAGCUCAAGGCCUACCCCUCCAUGAACGAGUACAACACACGCUUCAAGGUGGCGGGCACCGCCACCUGGGGGCAGCUGCGGAUGCUCAUCGCCAUGGAAUUCGGGCUGCCUGAGGUACGUCAUCGGACGACUGCGCACACACACACACACACACACAUACACACAUGGCCGGGACAAUCAUCUUUGUGUGGUGCGAUUUCCGUGUGCAGGACAACAUCCAUCUGGUGCGGUUCGGGCAGCUGGGUUCUUCGUACUGGCACAACAACAAGGGCAAGGAAAUCUACACCGGCGACCUCGACAAAUGCCUCAUGGACGACUCAGGUGGGCGGAGACACACACAAAACACACAUUGAUGGACCUCACUCACCAAUUGCGGGCGUGCAGAGAUGUGGUCAUCGUCGACGACGCACAUCCGUCUGGCAGUGUGUGAGGGGCUGACCAUCGACGAGAACCACAUGCGGUUUAGGCUCUUCGUGCUGCUGCCGCCCGACAACCACCGCAUCCAGUUCCGACCACUGCCGGCCACCGGCGAUGCCAACGGACACCCCCCACGCACUGAUGGCAGCUUCUUCGCGCCACCUGGGGUGAGCAAACAGACGGACAUUUCUGCAAACAGGCAGGCAUUGCAUGUCAUUGCCUGCCUGCCAUGCAGACCGGUGUUGGCCGUCCCGAGACGUCUCACUCGUCGUCGAGCGACGCGCUGCCCCUCUCCCAUCCCCAUGGUCACCCUCCCCACUCCCAUCCCCACGUCCCCUCCCCCACCCUCCCCACUCGCUCACUCCAGCCGCCCACACGCAUGCAGCGCAUCGAGGAGGAGGACCAGCCCGAGGGCACACCGCCGAACGAAUCCACCCGCCACCACCACUCACCCUCACCAUUCACCGACCCCAUGAGCCACCAGCACCACCAGCACCAGCAGCAGCCCUUCAACAGCGUCAUAGAUGGCGCCAGCGCCAGCUCGUCCUCCUGGGGCUACCCAGCUGCUGCAGCAGCUGCCGCUGCAUCUUCUACCAGCGACACCCUGCUGCCGACCGAGCCCACACAGCCCGGCCACGUUCCCCACAAGCUCAUCCCCACGCGCAGCGAGGAGCUGUGCCCGCCCGUGCCCAACCUGGGCAGCAUUGAAGGCGGCGCUGACGGGGGCGGCGGGGCGCCAUCCAGCGGCGAGGGCUACACGAGGACACCAUCCACCGUGUGCCAGAGUGAGGGCGACGAGAGCGGGGGCGGCCCCGAUGUGUCUGGUAUGGGCAUGGCCGACGGGGCCGCCGUGUCUUCGAGCGUCACGGGCAUCCCGGUGCAGGGCGGGGGCAUGGGAGGCGGCAGCGGUGGGAUGGGGCCACCUGAGGGCAACAGCAACAACCGUCGUGGCAAGCGCAACCUGCGGCAGAAGAAGCUGCGGGACGUGCAGGCCAAGUACGGCCUCGGCCGCAUCGUCCAGGUGGAUUUCUUGGUGCUGCCGCAAGACAAGGACCGCUCGGUGAGUGAGGUCAAGCAGGAGGUCCACAGCCACCUGGUCGUGCUGCAAGCCAACCGCACCAAGGAGACCACCAGCCUGCCCCCGCCACCGCAACCGCCACGACCGCGGGGCCGCGUCGGGCUACACUACAAGCCGAAUGUGGCUGAGGCGCUCAAGCACAUGACCCGGGGGCCUCCUGGAUUGGGUCUGCCUGUGGACAAGAAGGACUGGCAGGAGGUGGACCAUCAGAAUGAGAUGCUGCUGUGCCGGAUGGGCAAGGAGCAGAAGGGCGAUGGGGUCGGGCGUGUGCCGCUGCGGUGGCCGUACCGCCCCUACCGGCCGAAUGACCGACCUGGGACGGGCGUGAGCAACAAGGCGCUCAAUGCCGAGGUGACCGAGGCGGACCUGCUCGUACAGGUGAGUGAGGGCGUGUGUGGGUAUCUACGGAACGACAGGGAGGGAGAUAGCAAAGUCACUCCUGUGUGGGCUCUCUCUGUCUGUGUGCUGUGUGUGGUAUCCUGUGUCAGUUGUGUUCCCCGCUGCCGCCCCUGGAGAGCAAGAAGGGCUUCUUCGUGUUGACGCGGUUCUUCGACUGGUCCGGCUGGUCACUCACGCCAUGCCACCAGGUCAGCAUCCAAACAGCCACCCGAUGAGCCUGAAUGCGUCUCCAUCCACUUUGCUGCUCGAUGUGUGUGUGUGUCUGUGUGUGUGGUGUGUGUGUGCAGAUCUACCUGGAGGUUGGUCAUCGCAACGCCACGGGGUGUCAGGUGGAGGGCAUCGCCACCAUCGCCGAGCAAGUCGCGCUCCACUGGCAAACGCCAAUUGAGCACCUCCAAUUGUGAGCAAACAACCCUCAACACACUCACCCCUCGCACACGCAUACACAUUUCUUCUGUGGUCGAUUUUUCAGCUAUCUGUACGACCAGCGCAAGACGACGCUCAGCGGCAUGUCCCGCAGCCUGUACGACCGCUACCCCGACCGGGGCCUCGUCGACCUCGUCCGCGUCAAGAGUGAGGACUUCAAGGACCUCUCCACACCCCGAUCAGACGCAGCACCCGACCAGCCACCCGAGCAGCAGCAGCAGCAGCCCCUCGUCGACCGAGAGGGCGACGUCAACAUGGCCGCCGCGUCUUCUUCAUCCUCCUCAGCAGCCGCGGCCGCUGCUGGUGGCGACGGCAACACCAAUGCCAUCGACUCCACAUGCGACAAUGACCUUUACGAGAACUUGCCCCCCAGCAGCACCGGCAACAGCCUCCUCUACGGCUCAUGCAGGAUGACACACUACACGUCAUUCAACGGCUCCUUCGGGGGCGGGGGCGGUGGUCUGGGCGGUCUGUCGUCGAGUCGCGGGUCGUCCUCCCGGCAGUCGAAGCUGUACACCGACGACCUGGGCUACGCGCUGUACGACAUGAUCUCGCCAUGGAGGGCCUCCAUGGGCGACGUCCACACCAACGACGACAUACUCAUCAAGCUCCACGACGCGGACCAUGACGGCUGUGAGGAGGGACUCAUCACCAUACUCGUCGCACCCAAGUGAGCUCUGACACUGACACACUCACAUCAUCGAUAUGCACAUAGGCGAGCCCUCACAUGUGUCCGUCGUCCAUCAGGUUGAAGGCACCCCGUCCGUGGUCGAGUCUGAGUGAGGCAGAGAGGCGCUUCUGGUGCGACGUUGCAGGCAAGGACGCCGUCGAGAGCAGCGACGGAAGCGACGGCAAUGGGCUGUUCAUCGGUAUGGGCGGCGACAAUGACCUGGACCAGCAGGACACCACCAAUGACAAUGACAACAAUGGCGACAGCCCCACGACGGGCCUCACGGGGCUCUUCGGCAAUGACAAUGACGACUCGGGCAGCGCAUGGGGCAACAACGGGCAGAGGAACAACUUUGGCAACAGGCGAUCUGGUCCGUCACACAACCAGGAAGACGGAGAAGAAUGGCGAGCAGUGUGUGUGUGUGGGUGUGUGUGUGUGCACAGGUGUGGGCGGCCAGUCCUUAUCGACGACCCGCCCGUCCAACGAGCGUGGCAUCAAGAUCGAGAUCAAGAAGAAGCAGAAGCAGAUGCUCGACACGUCCAUCAUCAACAGCACCACAGCAGACGCUACCGGCACCGGCAACGCCACACCCUCCCCCCCACCCGAGGCACCCGACCCAGCACCCCCUCCCCUACUCAAUGGCAACCCCCCUGACCACACAGACCAGCACCACCACCAGCAGCCGGAGGACGAGACCAUGGCAUCAAUCAGCCCCAAGAAGGCGCCGACCGCUGCUGCUGCGGCUGUGGCAUCUGCUUCAGGUGCCGAUGGGUCGAUGAUGUGUGACGGCGAGACGUCGUCAGGACAGCCGGCGGCUUUCCCCUCCAUCCUGACGGCCAACGGCGGGGGCGACACAGACGGACAGAAUGGAGUGGGCAGGGAGGACAGCAUGAAGGAGUGACGCAUAUACAGAGAGGCUGCGGGAACGGUGGCCGAGUGGGCGGCGGAGGGGUGGGAGGUGAGGUGGUUUGGCGUCUGUCUGUCUUGUCCUGUUUGUGUCUCAUCCAUGGAGAGAUGGAUGGAUGGAUGGAUGGACAGAGGGCGGGGCGACUGACAAGUAGCCAUAGUUACAAUGAAUGCAAUGCAGCUGUUCGGGCGGAAGGGUGUGAAUGUAGCCAGCCAGCAACAGUGAUCGAUAGAGGGAAGGACGGAGGGAGGCAGAGGGGCUGUGUUAGUCCGACUGUCUUCGCCAUGCCUGCCUGCCUGCCUGUGUCCUUUUUCCUUUCAAUGCCGGUAGGUAGAUUCCCUCCUUCCCUCCGCCAUUUGCGAUACGUGUGCGUGUGAACGAUGCCGUAUUUGCAGCGUACAGGCCAGUCGGAGAAUUAGGACAGACAAGCAGACGGACGGACAGCCAGGGAGGGCAACACACGACACGCAACGACACUCGAAUGGUUGCGUUGCUUCUUGUGUGUAUGUGUGUAUGUAUGUGUAUUUGUUGGAACUACCCACCUGUCUAUCACUGUUGCGCACAGACGUAUUGAUUGGAUGGCCAUCUGCCCAGCUCUCUCUGGUACUUAGUGUGCGCGUAGGUGUACGUGUGUGCCGACAGUGACAUUUUCCAUCUGUAGCUCCCCGGCCGCGUGCAUGCCUGUUUUGGUCGUCCCUCAAAGCGCAUGCC